ACCAGUCGUCGUUGUUUACAUACAAAUCGGAACAAGUGAGAUAUUUUGAACACAUUGGGAUUUUUAUACAUUUUUGUUAGGAAACGAGCGAUAUGAAUAUUUCGACAGACUUCGGUCCAGAUUCCGGUGGUCGUGUGAAGGGACUGACGAUUGUGAAGCCUCUGGUUUACGGUAACGUUGCCCGGUCUUUUGGAAAGAAACGGGAGGAAGAUGGCCACACUCAUCAGUGGACGGUGUACGUGAAGCCAUACCACAACGAGGAUAUGUCCACGUAUGUGAAGAAGAUUCAUUUCAAGCUGCACGAGAGCUACGCCAAUCCGAACCGGGUAGUGACGAAACCACCCUUCGAGGUAACCGAAACCGGUUGGGGCGAGUUUGAGAUUGUCAUAAAGAUUCAUUUCCAUGACCCCACCGAGCGACCGGUUACGAUGUACCACAUACUGAAACUCUUCCAAUCACCCAUCCUGGACGGAGAGGUGUCCACCCAGCAGCUGGAAGGAAAGAAAGGGCUGGUUUCCGAGCAGUACGAGGAGAUUGUGUUCCAAGAGCCAACGCAGCUUAUGCAGCAGUUGCUGACAAACGUGCAGCCUGUUACGAGUGGCGUUUGGAAGCACGAUACGGAUUUUGAGGAGAAAAAAAUACAAUCCCUUGAGAACAUAAUUGAGACUAAGGUAAAGGUAAAAUCGGAAAUCACGCUACUGAAAGACAAGCUGAAACUGGCGCGGGAGACGAUUGCCAAGUUCAAAGUGGAAAUUGCGAAGGUACAGGGUCAGCAAACCCCAACAUGACUGAUUGGAAUGUAAGUUAGAAAUAAAAUCCACUCUAGAUAUUAGUUAGUACAUAUUGUAA